GGAGCAUCUCCUGUGGAGACAGGAGUGGAGCUAAGAGGACAAUUACUGCAGAUAUGCAUGCCAAGAUACUUGCCAGCCUGCUGCUGGUCACCUGUAUAGGCACCAGCUUCGCAAGAUCUGUAUCUAUGUUGUACCAACCCCAAGGGGACAAUGGGUUAAGCAGGCAAGCCAAAGCUGUAACAGGACCAGACAGGAUGCUGCGGAGUGGCAAUGGGAGGCUUGUCCAGCGGGAAUGGCCAGGACAUCUAUCUUUGGACCAGAAACACUUGAUCUCCCAGUUUUUGCCUCACCUCUAUGCAGGUGAGCUGGCUGCCCGGGAGAACAAUCUGCAGGAUGCUGAUACUCAUUUCCCUAGCUGGAUGGACUUUGGGCGCCGAAGCUCUGAAGAUGUGGGAGAAGAUGUCUAAGUGACCAGUAACCCAGGAAUGGCACAGCCCAAGACACAAGGAAAGGAGUAGCAGAAGGAUGGAGCAGCCCAGAAUCAUUGUUUUAUAAGCAUUUUGCCCAUUUCUGGGUAGUUUUUCAUGCAUUUUAUGCCUGUAAAAAAAUAA